GUUAUCGUUGAGAAAAGGCUGUCUGAUUGAAGACAUUGAAAACAUUUUCUCUAUUAGUCACUUCAAAGUUAAGUCCAAAGAUUAUAACGAAUGAGACUUAAAAUUUUGAUCUGACAUUUCUUCAUCUAAGCUCGAGUAUAUUAGUUUGAACAAUCUAAGAUAUGGACUGUUAUAACAGUCUUAUCGGCUUAAUAAAUUUAAUUUGAAAUCUAUGAAAAUUCAUUUUAGUUUCAUAUAUUUCUUUGUAUAAAAGAAGUUCAUUUGAAUGAGAUAUGUGUGCUGAUGUAUUUAACCAUCGAAGAACGAUUGAUUUUCUUAAUGAAUGAUUUCAACAAGAAGCUAAUAUAGAUUUAACAAGUAUUGAUUAUAUGGAAAGUAUUAAACAAAUUAAUAUUGAUUGAUUUAAAAUAAACUCAAUGAUUUCGGCUCGAAUUGAUGUAAGAAUAUAUAUAUAAAGAAAAAGAUCUUCUAAGUAUAUUAAUCUUUUGCAUUCUAAUCGACAUUAGAACAACUCAAUUAAUCAAUUUAAUGAAUUCGAUCAAGCUAUACGUACACUAUCUGAUUGGAUACAAGAACAAACAUCGGAUCUUGAAUUUAUGCGUACGAGAAACUUAGAAGCUGGUACUAAAGAUAAUAUAAAAAGAUGCAAUAAAAUGGAAUUUCAAUUAACAUCAAAACAAUAA